AUGACUCAUGGAAGGAUUGUGCUGGUCGCAGGGGUAGUUGUGAGGGUUGGCCAGAACAAUGGGGAGAUCGACUUUUCAAACGUAGUGCACUUGUUUGUGGAGCAGAUUCUUGUGAUUGGGCACAGCUGUUGUGGUGCGAUCAAGGAUCUGAUGACUUUACCUGAUGAAGGACCCCACACAACUGAUUUCAUUGAAGACUGGGUCAAAGUUUAUCUUCCUGCAAAGUCAAAGGUGAAAUCAGAGACUAGUGGUGCAUCUCUUGAUGAUCAAUGUGUAAUCUGUGAAAAGGUUCUAACAAAUGUAUCUCUUGCAAACCUGCUGACUUACCCGUUUGUCAGAGACAUGUUGGUGAGGAACACACUGUCACUAAAGGGUGGACACUAUGAUUUUGUUAACGCAACAUUUGAGCUCUGGGAACUUGGUUUCAACCUUUCACCUCCGACCUCUCUAUGA